ACAAGGUUGAGCCAAUGAGAGAUCGCGAUGCUAGGAUGCGCUGUCCAAGAUGGCAGCGCCCAUGACUUCAACCUCACGCUACCGAUGCCAGGGACUAAGGAGUUCGGCAGUUUCUUAGCUCUUAGACCCGGCUCUCCGGGCUAAGCGAGGGAGAUGCUGCGCGCUUCGCUCCGAGAGAUUUCUGCAGCACUGAAGGAAGGUCAAGUGAGUCCAACAGAGCUUUGUCAGAAGUGUCUCUCCUUAAUUAAAGCCACUAGAUUUCUUAAUGCUUAUAUUACUGUAGCAGAGGACACCGCAUUAAGACAGGCCGAGGCAUCUGAGAAGAGAUACAGACAAGGUCAGACACUAGGGGACUUAGAUGGAAUUCCUGUUGCAGUGAAAGACAACUUCAGCACAGCUGGUAUUGAAACAACAUGUGCAUCCAAUAUGCUGAAAGGUUAUGUCCCCCCUUACAAUGCAACAGUAGUUCAGAAAUUGCUGGAUCAAGGAGCACUACUUGUUGGGAAAACAAACCUAGAUGAAUUUGCUAUGGGCUCUGGAAGUACAGAUGGGGCAUUUGGACCAGUUAAGAAUCCCUGGAGUUACUCGCAACAAUAUAGAGAAAAGUGUGCACAAAACUCCAGUGCUCAGAAUGAAGACACCAACUGGUUGAUAACAGGAGGAAGCUCUGGAGGCAGCGCAGCUGCAGUGUCGUCUUUCACAUGCUUUGCGGCAUUGGGAUCUGAUACAGGUGGAUCCACCAGAAAUCCUGCCUCUCACUGUGGAAUUGUUGGUCUGAAGCCAACAUAUGGCCUGGUUUCCCGCCACGGUCUCAUUCCACUCGUGAACUCCAUGGACGUACCAGGCAUUUUAACCAGACAUGUUGACGAUGCAGCCACUGUUUUAGGUGUGCUCAGUGGGCAUGAUCCAAAAGACUCCACCACAGUGCAAGAACCUUGUCGUCUUUUCCAGUUACCCAGCUUGACAGAUAUCAAGAAUCUUUGCAUAGGCAUACCAAAGGAAUACAAUACACCAGAACUGUGCAGUGAAACUCUGGCAGUGUGGUCUAAGGCAGCCAACCUUUUUGAGAAAGCUGGUGCCAAAGUGAUUGAAGUGAGUUUGCCCCACACCUGUCACUCAAUCGUCUGUUACCAUGUGCUGUGUGCAGCAGAAGUAGCAUCAAACAUGGCCCGAUUUGAUGGGCUGGAAUAUGGACACCGCAGCAAUGCUGACAAGUCCACGGAAGCCUUGUAUGCAGCAACACGCCGGGAAGGCUUUAAUGAGGUUGUACGGGGAAGAAUUCUAUCAGGAAACUACUUCUUGCUAAAACAGAACUAUGAGAAUUAUUUCAUCAAAGCCCAAAAAGUGAGACGACUCAUUGCCAAUGAUUUCACAAAACUCUUUAGUUCUGGGGUCAAUGUUCUGCUCACCCCAACUACUCUGAAUCAGACUGUGCCGUACACAGAGUUCAUCAAAGAAGACAACAGAACCCGCAGCACCCAAGAUGAUAUUUUCACCCAGGCUGCCAAUAUGGCUGGAUUGCCAGCUGUAAGUGUUCCCUCCGCACUCUCAAAAAAGGGUUUGCCAAUUGGGCUGCAGUUUAUUGGCCGUGCAUUCCAUGACAUGCAGCUUCUCACGGUCGCCAAAUGGUUUGAAGAGCAAGUGCAGUUUCCUGCAAUACAGCUACAGGGAAUAAUGGAUCAUCUUGAUUCUGUCUCCCCCCAGGAGAAGUCAGCAUUUUUUUCAUGACAUGUAACUUGAGAUUUUAUUAACAGCACAAUGAAAAGAAUUCUAGAGCAAUCAAAAGCUGUAUUUUGAAGUUUCAAACAUAAUUUCUCCAAGAAUGAUACUCUUCUGAUCUAAGAAGCAAGCGUAGAAUGGAAUUCUUAUUCUAAGAAUGGAAUAAACUGAAAUCACUAGAA